AUGACCGACGCAGACAAGCCCUUCUAUCCUUCAGGCCACGACCAAACCGUCCUGCGCUCCCACCGCACCCGCAACGCCGCCAAUUCUGCUCCUCACCUCCUUCCCCACCUGCGCUCGAGCGACUCGCUCCUCGACAUUGGCUGCGGACCAGGGACGAUCACGUGUUCGCUGGCGAAGCAUGUGGCGAGGGUCGUGGGCGUGGAGCACCCGGGUGCGGGAGAGGCUGUUCUUGAAGGCGCAAAGGAGGAGGCGAAAAUGCAGGGCGUUGCGGACAAGGUCUUUUUCGAGUUCGCGGACGCGCUCAGGCUGCCGUACGAAGACAACUCGUUCGAUGUCGUCUACUGCCACCAGGUUCUGCAACACGUCUCCGAUCCGAUCGCUGUCCUGCGCGAGAUGCGCCGCGUCUCCCGUCGCCUCGUAUGCGCCCGCGAAGCCGACCGCGGUACCAUGUCGCUCUACCCGCCCGACCCCGCCGGCUCCCUCGCCCGCUUCGACUCGCUCUGGUACGCCGUCUCGCGCGCAGGAGGGGGCGAACCCGAUGCGGGUCGGCGACUGAAGAGCUGGGCGCUGGCGGCUGGAUUCGAGGUGAGCGCGGUGAAAGUCACGGCGGGAAACUCGACGCCCGAUCCGCGCGAAUGGGGCGAGAUGUGGAGUGCGAGGGUGGUCAAGAGUGACUUGGCGACCAAGGCGAUCGAGCUGGGACUGGCAACGAGGGAAGAGUUGGACGAAAUGAGUACGGCUUGGUUGGAGUGGAGUCGGAAGGCGGAUGCGUGGUUUGGAUACGUGCAAGGGGACUUGCUGGCGUGGAAGGGAGGGAGGCGGUAG